AUGUCUGAUGAACCAUCAGCAAGUUAUCCUCAGGUGGAUGCCUUUCCCACUUCUUUGCUUUUUGUGAAAAUUGUGAGAGCCAGAAAUAUGGUCAAAGCAGACCUGUUGAGUACCACUGACUGCUAUGUAACCUUGUGGCUGCCAACAGCUUCAAAGGAAGAGGCCAAGACCAAAACUAUCUUGAAUUCUAGUGAACCAGAAUGGAAUGAAACCUUCUGUUUCAGAAUCCAGACCCAAGUUAAGAACAUCCUGGAACUGAGAGUCUAUGAUGAAGAUCCACUCACCAAAGAUGACCUUCUCUUCACUGUUCUCUUUGAUGUGGCUGAAGUCAGACUUGGAGAAAGAGCCUAUUCAAGCUUCAUUUUGAAUUCAGAGAGUAAUACAGAGCUGGAAGUGGAGUUCAUAAUGGAUGAAAUAUUGGACCCUCCAGAAAACCUCAUUACAAAUGGCAUCCUAGUGAGCCGUCCACUUUCCUGUUUAGAAGUUUCUGUGACCAAGGAAAGGAGUCCAAAGUGUUUAGAAGGAGAAGAUAAGCUUGAGCUUAGAGUGAAAGGGUCACAUGAAGAAACACAGAAAACUGUACUGGACUCUGGCUUAGUGGAAUCUUUCUUCUUCCACUACCCUGCAUACUGGGAACCAGAACUGAAUGCCCAUCUGCAGCACUGGUCAAGCGAUGAUGGGGGGGAUGGAAAUAACUCCAGUGCAUCCUUGACUAUGCCUCUGGAAUUACUUCGUAUGGGACAGGAAGUGAAAGCAAUUCUUCCUAUAGUACAUAUUAAGAGAGAUCUUCUUACAGCUGUUUCAUAUGCUUUUCGGUUCCUAGCAGAUCAAUAUAGGGAGCAUGUGCUAGAGCAAAAAUUAUACACCGGAAGCAAGUUUGGAGCUGCAACUCAAGACAUGGGACUGGAAAACCUAGACAUGCGCUUGGGAUUUGACCUGUGCUCACAGGAGAAAGAUUUCCUGCAGAAGAGGAAGAAGGUAGUUGCUGCUGCCUUGAAAGAGAUUCUUCAUUUAGAAGAGAACCUCCAAGACCAUGAGGUUCCAGUUGUGGCAAUCAUGGCAACGGGAGGUGGGGCCAGAGCAAUGACAUCCCUGUAUGGCCAACUCUCAGGUCUCAAGAAGUUAAAUCUCCUUGACUGUAUAACAUAUAUCAGUGGCACUUCUGGUUCAACUUGGACAAUGUCAAGCUUGUAUGAAGAUGCCAAUUGGUCACAGAAGGAUCUGGAGAGGCCAAUCAAUGAGGCCCAGAAGCACAUGACCAAGAGCAAAACAAACACUUUUUCUGUGGAGCAUGUGGUGCAUUAUCAAAGACAGCUGAGCCAGAGGGCCAAAGAAGGCUUCUCUAUAUCUUUUAAUGAUCUGUGGGCAGUUGCUCUUGAAUAUAUCUUGCAUGGUAAGGUAAAUGACUUUAAACUCUCAGAUCAGCAACGAGCUGUGAGUCAAGGGCAAAAUCCUCUGCCUCUCUACCUAGCUCUCAAUGUCAAAGAGAACCACAUGUCUACUGCUAACUUUAAAGAAUGGUGUGAAUUUUCCCCUUUUGAGGUCGGAUUCCCAAAAUAUGGUGCUUUCAUUCGCUCAGAAGAUUUUGGAAGUGAAUUUUUCAUGGGGCACUUGAUGAAGAAGAAUCCAGAGUCCCGGAUUUGUUAUCUAGAAGGCUUAUGGAGUAAUAUCUUUGCUGUGAAUCUACUUGAUAUCUGGAAUGCCUUUGGUAGUUCAGAUGAAUUUUGGCAGCAACAUGUCCAAGCCAAAAUAAAAAAUAUUGGUAAGUUUCCUAUAGUAACUUCUUUCUGUUAUUUGUCAUGGCAAAAGCAGUCCUUGAUGGGUUUUCUGCCUACUACCACUUCUUUUCCUUCUGCAGAGGAAGAGCAUGCUCUGUCUAAGAGCUCCUCCUACCUGGGGACAUCAUGGAUAAAUCCCACAGGAAUGCUCUCUAAGAUCAUUAAGGAUAUUCUAACUGAUCGUCCCCUACACCAUCAUGUCCAUAACUUCCUAAGAGGUCUCCAGUUGCACAAGGACUACUAUCAACAGAGCCCAUUUUCUAUCUGGAAAGACUGUCAGCUGGAUGUGUUCCCUAACCAGCUGACACCAUCAGAAGAUGAUCUAUGUCUGGUAGAUGCUGCAUAUUUCAUCAAUACCAGUUGUCCACCACUCUUGAGGAAAGAGAGGAAUGUGAACAUCAUUCUGUCAUUUGAUUACUCCCUGAGCACAGCAUUUGAGGCCAUAGAACGGACUGGGCAGUACUGCUCAGAGCAGGGAAUACCAUUCCCAAAAAUUGUGCUGAGUGAAGAGGAAAAAAAGCAUCCGAAAGAGUGCUAUAUGUUUAUGGAUGAAAAAAAUCUAAAGACUCCCAUAGUUCUCCAUUUCCCACUGGUGAACAACACAUUCAGGAGGUUCAAGGUACUUGGGGUGGAACGCAGUCCUGCAGAGUUGGCAGAAGGAACAGUGCCUCUUGCUGGCUGCUGCUCACCUUAUAACUUACUGAAUAUGACCUACUGCAAGGAGGACUUUGAUAAACUGCUAAAGCUCACUGACUACAACGUCCAGAACAACAGAGACCUGAUUCUGCAGGCUUUCCGCGCAUCCAUAUCACGAAAGAAAUGCUGUAGCAACUGAAAUGAUGCAAGCCUUGGGAGUUCUUCCAUGCUAUGCAUUUCCUUUAACAUGACAAUAAGGAGAAUUCCUCAUGAUCAUGAUAUGAUUUAAUGCAUUAUUCAUUAGAUGUACAACAUAAAAAUGCUUCAGAUUUAAAACUCAGUUCUUUCUAAUAUUACACCAAUAUGGUCUUGAGUCUUGACCAUGAAGUUAGAAUUUUUAUGUAGGAGUGGCUGGUUAUUUAAUAAAUAGAUAGUGUGAAUCUCAGCCAGAUCUAUGCUGACCAUAUGUUACUAUCCAGCGGUGACUUGCAGAAAAUAAGUUGGCAUUCUGUCCAAUGGUCAUGCAUCCAGGUCACAAAAACACU